CGGAUGCCCAGGUAGCCCAAACCUGUCGGGCAGGUUUGGAGAGCGGAGCGGCGGGACGGAGAAGGGUGAAGGAUGCGCGGCCUGCCCCGUCCGCCGCUCGCACUCUCAGCUCCCUGAACCCGGUCCGUCCACCCGCAGCCUACUGGCCGACCCCAUGGUGCGCUCGCCCGACCUCCUGGCGGCCCUCCUGGGCUUGGGCCUGGGGGCAGUCCUGACCCUCCCGGGGGCGGGCGCGGCGGGCUGCAGGGCCCUCGGCCCGGCGGAGCGCCUGGUUUUCGCCCCGGCGGCCAAGGCCCGCUGGCUGGCCCCUCGCGUCCGCGCCCCGGGACCCCUGGACUCACUGUACGGCACCGUGCGCGGCUUCCUCUCCGUGGUGCAGCUCAACCCCUUCCCCGCGGAGCUGAUCAAGACCCUGCUGAAUGAGCCGGCCUCUGUGAAGGUGGAUGAGGUGGCGCGGUACCAGGCCGGCUACGUGGUGUGCGCUGUGAUCGCCGGCCUCUACCUGCUGGCGAUGCCCACCGCAGGACUCUGCUUCUGUUGUUUGCGCUGCCGCCGGCGCUGCGGUGGUCGAGUGAAGAUGGAGCACAAGACGAUGGCCUGCGAGCGCGCUGUCCUCGUGACGUUCCUACUGCUGACCACCCUCGUGCUGCUGAUCGGUGUGGUCACUGCCUUUGUGACCAAUCAGCACAUGCACGAGCAGAUGGGCCCCAGUGCUGAGGCUGUGCCGGAGACCCUGCUCAGCCUCCGGGGCCUGGUCUCCGAGGUGCCCCUGGAGCUGCAGGCCGUGGCAGAGCAGUUUUCCCUUCCUCAGGAGCAAGUCUUGAAGGAACUUAAUGGCGUCGGCAGCAGCAUCGGGAAGGCGAUCCACUCCCAGCUCAAGAGCACCAUGUAUGAGGCGCUGGCCUCAGUACUCAGCCUGGGCCAGGCCCUGCAGGUCUCCGUGGACCACCUCCGAGGCCUGAACACCACCUCUGUGGAGCUGCAGGAGGGGCAGGAGGCCCUGGCACCGGCUCUCCAUGGGCACCGGCAGCGCCUCCUGGCACUACUGCAGGAGCCCCACUGCCAGGGCUGUGCAGGGGCCCUGGACAAAAGCCACACCCUGGAGCUGGGAGCAGACUUCAGCCAGGUGCCCUCUGUGGACCAUGUCCUACAUCGGCUGAAAGGCGUCCCAGAGGCCAACUUCUACAGCAUGGUCUUGGAGGAGAACACCACUUUCAACAGCCUCCCGAUCCUGGCUGCCUUGCAGACGGCCGACAUGGUCAGAGAGCUGAAGAAGGUGGUGGCUGAGCAGCCCAGAGGGCUAAACACAAUGGGAGAAGCGUUCCCAGUCUGGGAGGCAGCUUCUCGCUGGAGCCAGGCGCUGGAGGAGGUCGAAGAGCGCAGCCGCCCCCUCCUGGAGGAAGUGCAGAGCUAUGAGACAUACAGGUGGAUUGCAGGUUGCCUGCUGUGCUCUGUGGUCCUGCUUGUGGUGGUCUGUAACCUGCUGGGCCUCAACCUGGGCAUCUGGGGCCUAUCUGCCAGAGAGGACCCCAGCCACUCGGAAGCCAAGGGUGAAGCUGGAUCCCGCUUCCUCAUGGUCGGUGUGGGCUUCAGCUUCCUCUUCGCUGUGCCCCUCAUCCUCCUCGUCUUCUCCACCUUCCUGGUGGGCGGCAACGUGCAGACGCUGGUGUGCCAGAGCUGGGAGAGUGGAGAGCUGUAUGAGUUUGUAGACACUCCAGGGAACUUGCCACCAUCCAUGAACUUGUCCCAACUUCUUGGCCUGAAGAAGAACCUCAGCAUCCUCCUGGCCUACGAGCAGUGCAAGCAAGGGGCUGCGCUCUGGACUGUCCUGCAGCUCAAUGACUCCUAUGACCUGGAGAAGCACCUGGAUAUCAGCCAGUACACCAUCAAGCUGCAGCAGGAGUUGCAGAAGCUCAAAGUGGAUGUGAAGAAUCUGGACCUGCUGAGCCCAGCUGCCCGCCGGGACCUGGAGGCUCUGCAGAGCAGUGGGUUUGAGAGCAUUCACUACCCUGGCUUCCUUGCCGAGAUCCAGAAGCCAGUGGUGAAUAGUGACGUGGAGAAGCUGGCCCAGGAGCUGGAGGGACUGUCCCAGACCCAAGGCAAUGCUACGCUGGGGCAGAAGCUGCAGGAAGAGGCCCGAGGGCUCCAACACCUCCAUCAGGAGAAGAUCCUCCCGCAGCAGAACCUUGUGGCUAAACUCAACCACAGUGUCCAGGCACUGGCAUCCUCUGCCCCACAUCUCCAGUCGGAGAUCUCAGGUGUCCUGGACAGAGUCACUCACCUGAAAGAAGAGCUGCCGAUCUGGGCCACCCAUAUCCUGAGGAAUGAAAGUGAGUGUUUCCUGAAGCGGGAGAUGGGCUACUUCUCCCAGUACAUGGCCUGGGUGAGAGAGGAGGUGACUGAGCGCAUUGCCACCUGCCAGCCCCUCUCUGGAGCCCUGGACAGUGGCCGUGUGAUCCUGUGUGACAUGGUGGCUGACCCCUGGAACGCCUUCUGGUUCUGCCUGGGGUGGUGCACCUUCUUCCUGAUCCCCAGCAUCGUCUUUGCUAUCAAGACCUCCAAGUACUUCCGUCCCAUCCGGAAACGCCUCAGCUCCACCAGCUCCGAGGAGACGCAGCUCUUCCACAUCCCCCGGGUCACCUCCCUGAAGCUCUAGGACCCCAAUGACUACCCAGCUUUUCCAGGAGAGAUCUGGUGGCCACAAGAGGAUUUUUGCACGAUGGCCCUUACUCCUUCAGUCCUAUGCAUGUAGCCGGGUGUCAUCCCAUCUCCAUCUUUGUGUCGGAUCCUGAGUUCCAGAAGUGGGGAAGAGGAAGAGAGAGAACAGGAAGUGGACAGGACCUCGAAUCCAUUAAAGUGUUUUCACUUGGCUAAGCCUUGGCCUUGGGUCUUUCAGCUCUCCCAGGCUGGGGCCCUGGGUGUGGCUGGUGUUCAAUGAGUGUGGAGAGGGAACUUCAAGGCCUCCUCUGACCACGGGCAUCCAGGGGUCAUCCCAACGAUGAGCAGGUGGGGUGGGGCCCACUCUGGGAGCAGUCAGACCUGGCUUCACUCUGGGCUCUAGUGUAUGGUGACCAGGUACCUUGAACAUGAUCCAUGGGUCCUCCAGACCUCAGUUUUUCCACCUGUAAAAUGGGAACAGUCAUAGCCAUCUCAUACGGUUGUAAAUAAUGUAACAAUGUGUGGAAACCCCUUGGCAGGGGACUGUCACAAAACAAAUACUCAAAUGCUGCUAUUUCUCUCUGUUUUUAUUAUUUAUUUUUUUUGCCAUGACUACUCUGGGCCAGGGGCAGAGCUGGGUCUGGGCAGACACAAGGGAAGAGGGAGACAAGUUCCUGUUCAAAGGAGCAAAGCCCUUUAAGAUAACAAUGUGCUGAGUUUUCAGGGUGUGUCUAUUUUUAAUUGCAUCUUACAAACCAGCAACAAAUUUGCUACUAGAAAUUGGGAUGCUGCCCCGAUUCUCACUACUGCCAACACACUCUCAGGCCAGCACCCUUAAAUGCGGCACGGUCGCCUCUCUUCGGCUUCCCCAGAACACUCUUGCUUGCUUUUCAUCUGUUGUCCUGCACAGGGAACUGUAGUGCCUUGCAUUUUAAGAAUUAAAUUGAUGGGAUAAAAAUAGAAAAUGAUUAAAAAAUAAUUUCUAGUUCUCGA